AUGGCCGAGGCUUCUGCGGAUGCCUCAACUUUGUCCGGAACAACAAAGAAAAAGAAAAGUUUAUCCAUUGAGGAAAAGAUCGACAUCAUAAAUGCAGUGGAAAGUGGCAAGAAAAAAGCAGAGAUUGCGGCCGAAUAUGGAAUAAAGAAAAAUUCUCUGUCUUCCAUUAUGAAGAAUAAAGACAAAGUCCUGGAGGCUUUUGAAUCUCUGAGAUUUGACCCAAAGAGAAAAAGACUGAGAACUGCCUUUUACACAGAUCUGGAAGAGGCCUUAAUGAGGUGGUACCGAAUUGCACAGUGUCUAAAUGUACCUGUUAACGGUCCAAUGUUACGCCUGAAAGCUAAUGAUUUUGCCCAGAAACUGGGUCAUAAUGAUUUUAAGUGCAGCAACGGUUGGCUGGAUCGCUUCAAAUCCAGGUAUGGCUUAGUGUUCAGAGCUCAGCCUGUCGAGGCUACAGCUACUUCUGCAGACCCUGCAACUGUCUGGUGUCAAAAUGUCCUUCCUUAUUAUUUAAACGAUUACCAUCCUAAAAAUGUUUUUAAUGUGAAAGAGACCGGGUUGCUUUAUCGAAUGCUACCUACAAAUACAUUUGCAUUUAAAGGAGAGACAUGCUCAGUGGGGAAAUUAUGCAAAGACAGAGUAACCCUGGUGGUGGGGACAAACAUGGACGGCUCAGAGAAACUGCCUUUGCUUGUCAUCGGGAAGAACAGAAGUCCGCCUUGUUUCAAAGGUGUAAAAUCAUUGCCUGUGUAUUAUGAGGCCAACAGAAUGGCACGGAUGACCUCAGAGAUAUUCGAACAAUGGAUGUGGAAGCUUGAUGAGAAAUUUCAAGCCCAGCAACGAAGAGUGGUGAUUUUUGUUGAUUCUUUUCCUGCUCACCCAGAGGUGAAGAACCUAAAAUCAAUCGAGCUAGCGUUCUUGCCAUCGUUUUUAUCCUCCAAAUUCAUAGCUAUGAAACAAGGUGUGAUCAAAAGCCUUAAAAUCAAAUAUCGCCAUUGCCUUAUCAAGAAAUUUUUAAGCUCUGUUGAAAGUAGCAAAGAAUUUACAUUUUCCCUGUUAGAUGCAGUCGAUACGUUGCAUCUCUGUUGGAGGACUGUGACCCCAGAGACUAUUUCUAAGAGCUAUGAAGAGGCAGGAUUCAAAUCUCAAAAGGGAGACGAAAACACAUCAAAUGCAGAGUCAGACACCAGCCUUGAUUUAGCUACCGAUGCCCUGGCGGCAGGAGUGGAAUUUCCUGAAGGUUUAUCUAUAGAAGAAUAUGCCGCCCUGGAUGAUGAUUUGGAGACUUGUGAAGCAGCAUCAAAUGAUGAUUCUGUAUGGACCAAAGAGAGUCAAUCAGAUGAACCAGAGUUUUGUUCUUCAGAUGAAGAGGAUGACAGUGGAGCUCCGGGAACUGAGAUCACACUACCGUCAAAAGAAGAGGCAAUAACUGCUUUAGAUACCCUAAAAAGGUUUCUUAGAAGUCAAGAUAUGAAUGAUAUGCUUCAUAAUUCUUUAGCAGAUAUUGAAAAUUUUGUUAGUUCUUUAUCAUCUAAAUAAUUAUUUAAUGUAUAUCAGAAAAAUACUAGAUCUUCCUGAUACAUUUUAUUUUUAAAGCGUGCCAAGGGAAAAUAUCACUU